CCUAUUCUGCACCACAUAGUUCUCGGUCGCAUUUUCAAACCUUGUUUUGCCAUGGCAUCAACUUCCAUCAACCCCAUAAUACCAGGCUUCGCACCGGAUCCAUCUAUCAUUUUGCUUGAUGGAACUUUUUUCCUCGUGAAUUCAACGUUUCACAUGUUUCCUGGUCUGCCAAUAUACGCUUCGAAGGAUCUCAUUUCGUGGAAGCAUAUCAGCAACGCAAUCCAUCGGCAAAGCCAACUUAGUCUGAAGUUCUCUGACACCAGACUGGCUGAAAAGGAUGAAGCCGGUGAUGUGAUGCAUGUUACUGGCGGCUUAUAUGCUCCCACGAUCCGUCAUCACAAUGGCACCGUCUACGUUGUAUGCACAAACAUCCUCCAUAUGGGUGGUUCGGAUAAAGAUGUGACCGAGAAUUUCAUCGUCUCAGCGACUGACAUUUGGUCUGGAGAGUGGAGUGAUCCAGUCUACUUCGACUUCCAUGGCAUAGAUCCAAGUAUCUUCUUCGACAACGAUGGAAAAGUAUACAUGCAGGGUUCUGCUUCUCCUGGCCCAAUGACAAGGAUUCAUUUGUUUGAGAUUGACCUCCAAACCGGGAAGAAACUUACUGAGGAGAAAGAAAUAUGGCAAGGGACCGGAGGAAUCUAUCCUGAAGGUCCUCAUAUGUACAAAGCGGACUCGUGGUACUAUAUUAUGAUCUCUGAAAGUGGGACUUGUGAGGGCCAUAUGAUCACUGUGGCGAGGUCGAAAAACAUCUGGGGCCUUUACGAAGCAUUUGAACAGAAUCCGAUACUGACUGCUCGCGGCACCACUGAGUACAUCAGAGCGACAGGGCAUUGUGAUAUAGUGCGGGACGAGCGGGGGCAGUGGUGGGGUGUGUGUCUAAGAGUACGCAAAGACAAAGGCCGAUACACCCUUGGACGAGAGACUUUUCUCACCGUGGGAGAAUGGUCCGAAGGCAAAUGGCCGAAGUUGUCACAAGUCAAAAUGAAUCCAAUCCUGCAAAGUGGCAAAGAGUUGGUGCGUGCUGAGGGUCAGGCACGUCUGACCUCUUCACCCAUGGUUGAUUAUCUCUACAUUCGGGAUGCAAAGCUUGAUGACCACAAGUUUUCGAACAGCGGGAAGACUCUUACUCUGACAGCAAGUGACGGCAACUUCUCACAAUGGAAAGAUCCAGUCACCUUUGUCGGAAAGCGGCAACGAAGUCUUGUGGGAAGAUCAACAGUGCUGAUGCGGAAUCCCGAUAUAGCCACUGCAGGACUGGUGGCUGGUCUGGCAUACUACAAAGACGAGCACCGUUACAUGAGACUGUUCUAUGAUUACACAUCCUCGGAGAUUGUCUUUGAGGCCACUGUCACCUCCAAGAAGAUUUCAAAAGUUGCCCGGCACACUGUUCAGCUCCGAGGAUGGGUGGAAUUUCGGCUUGAAUAUACCGAGCUGUCUUACACAUUUUCUUACAGGAUUGACUCAGAGAUAGAUCUCUGGAUCUCAUUUGAAGCUCAGGAUACUCUAGAUAUGACAGCUCCUGACUUCAUAGGUCCUGUUGUUGGAUGUUUCGCAAAUUCAUCAGUGGGAGGAGGAGAAAUUCAGUUUGAAAACCUGGAGGUGGAAUGAGAACGUACAUCAAAAGGCAUUUGCC